AUGAAGCACAACAUUCUUCUCCAGAUCGCCCUGGCGCUCCUCUCAUUGACAGCGGCAUCGAUCUGUAACAACAACUGCGGCCGCCAAGUCGUUGGUACUGCACGAAAGGACCCGUCUUUGUCCUCAAGAUCGUCGCUCUGUGCGGCUUUCGUCACCACCACUGUGACAGAGGCUGGCGCCGCGCCUUCUGUCGCCAAGAGAAAUGUCCAUGGUCCCCGCCAGGCUUCCGCUCCUGUAAUCACAGGGACGAAGCCUGCUUACGCCUCGUCGUGCCCCGACGUCACCGCGUACUGGUCCGCUUGCCAGUGCUUCGAAGGCGUCAAGGCAAACACGAUCACAGUCGUGAGGCCUGGACCUUCGUCGACCUCGUCUGCGUCUCCCAGCUCGACCAUCUCGGACAGCCCGGUUUCCUCUACUCCUGAGCCGCCGAGCCCGACUUUCAGCUCGACCACGACCACCUCUUCCAGCGCCAGCACACCCACGUGUACCCCGGGCCUCGAGUAUGCUCUUUACUCCAUUGACUUUAAUUCGGAUCUGUGCCAGAACUACAUCAGAGUCCGGAGCAACAGACCGCGCAAUUUUGACCUCAACCGCCUCGUAGGGGCUUUUCCCGCCUGGGAGGAGGAGACGGUCGCUGGCGGCUGA